AUGAUACAUACCAGGAAUUUGUAUAAAUGGCUUCCCACUGGGCUUCAGGCCCUUUCUCAGUGCUGUGGGUCUCUUAGUCUACAGCCCACCUGCUGUGUGUCCAGCUGCUGCAGACCCAGCUGCUGUCAGUCUGUGUGCUGCCAGCCUACCUGUUGCCGCCCCAGCUGCUGCAUUUCUAGCUGCUGCAGGCCUUCCUCCUGCUGCCGCCCCAGCUGCUGCCGCCCCAGCUGCUGCCGCCCCAGCUGCUGUCGCCCUAGCUGCUGUGUGUCCAGCUGCUGCAGGCCUUCUUGCUGCAUCUCCAGUUGCUGCCGCCCCUGCUGUAGCAGUUCCAGCUGUUGUGGAUCCAGCUGCUGCCGCCCCAGCUGCUGCAUUUCCAGCUGCUGCAGGCCUUCCUGCUGCCGCCCCAGCUGCUGUCGCCCUAGCUGCUGUGUGUCCAGCUGCUGCAGGCCCUCUUGCUGCAUCUCCAGCUGCUGCCGCCCAUGCUGUAGCAGUUCCAGCUGUUGUGGAUCCAGCUGCUGCCGCCCCAGCUGCUGCCGCCCCAGCUGCUGCAGGCCUUCCUGCUGCCAAACCACCUGCUGCCGCCCCACCUGCUGUGUAUCCAGCUGCUGCAGACCCCAGUGCUGCAUCUCCAGCUGCUGCCGCCCCACCUGUUGCCAGACCUCCUGCUGCCGCCCAGCAUGCUCUAGCUGUUCUUGCUGCUGA